AUGGCAGACGAUGUGGACGCCAGGUUGGCAAAAACAGUGUGCAGAAGUGACAUGGGAACUGACGUGCUAGAUCGUAUGAUUGAACGUGAUAUAGCUUUGUCAUCAGGGUUCACUAGUGAUACGAGAGAGACUGUGAGCGUGGGCGUUGGUAAAGAUGCAGAGGACGACGAGUCGAAUUGCAUGGUUGUUGACGGUUGGAGCGACUACUCCUCAGAAUGCAUACACGACGAGCACAAGCCCAGUGUGUCGGUUGGUUCUCCGACUAGACUUGUGAGUGUGGAGACUCAAGCGACAGACAGCGUGUCUUGGUUGGCAACUGACACAUUGUCAACUUCAGGAUUUACCGAUCAGUCGACCGUAGAUCAGUCGACCAGGAGUCCAGUGGAGAUGACGAGAGAGAAGCUAGUGAGUUCAAGUUUGUGUGAAGAUGAGUCGAAUGUGGUUGGUCAACUGCGCGAAGAGUUGACGUCUUGUUAUGAACAGAUAGUGAAGCUGUCUAGAUCGGUGGAGGAGAGUGAUGCUUCGUUGAUGGAUGUCCGGCGUUUGUUGACUGUGAAGGAGAGUGAAGUGGCGGAUCUGAGAGAGGAGAAGCGUCAUUUACGAGACGAAGUGAAUGAGUUGAGGGAGACUGUAGAGGCAGAACGACGUGAUUUGGACAUAAUGCGUGCAAAUAUGGAUGUGUUGGAGAGCAAGGAAGAGGUGUCGACGAUGUGCGUGGAGUGUCGUGGACCGAACGUUGCUGCUGCUGCUGCUGCUGCUGUGGAGGAGGAGUGUGUGCAGACGGAGAUUGACGACGAAGUUUUUGACCUGGUGUCGACGUUGCAGCUCGAGGUUGCCCAUCUGCGUGAGGAAAAUGCGGCGACGUUGGCGGCUCUGGAGCGUUCACAGCUCGAGUUGAGCAUGAAACAGACCGAAGUGCAGGAACCGGAGUCACGUAUGAUGGUGAACGAGACAACUUGGUGGAUUCCUUGUGAGACUGUGAGAAAGGCGCCCGAUGUGGUUGUCCGUGAGUUGGCAGAGGUUGAUGACACAGACAGAGUGGAGGCAGACGUGUUUGCCGGAGUUCCUGACAUGCAGCUGGUGGAGACUGUUGCAAGCGACUCAGUGUCAGGCAUUGUGCCUGAUCGAAUGGACAGACAAACUACGGACUUGUGUGUUGAGGGCGUUUCGAACGAGGAAGUGGUCUUGCCCAUUCACGCCACUCAGAGUUGGACGAAACCGCCGAGUGAACAAGACAAUGACGAUCCCGAACUUGCCCUGUUAAAUACAGACAGCCUAAGAGCGCGAUUGAAGGAGGCCAUGAGCAGAAUCUGCGAACUUGAGAAUGCCAAGACAGAGUUGAGUGUGCGUCUGCGUGAGCUGGAAGGCGUUAUGAUGUGUGAAGAUAAGCCAAUGGAUGUGAUGCCUCUUAGUUCUCGUGUGCCUGACCGGUCGAUGAAAGUGACGGACGAAGCUGAUGCACUGUCGAAGCACAACAAAGAGCUGAUGACAGAGGUAGACUUGUUACGAAGUAAGAUUUCAGAGCGCGUGACACUGUUGGACGAUGUGUGCAUGGAGAUGGAUGAGGUCAGAGGAUCACUGGGUUUCUUGUUGAAGCAGGUGAGAGAAUUGCGUGCAGCACAUGCUGAGGCGAAUGCUGACCGCGCCGAAAUGGCGAACAGAAUGAGUGAGUACGAACGGGUUUCACAUCGCCUGUGCGAAACAGUUGGUCGAUCCACGUCACCAGUGCAAGACAUCGACUAUGCACACGAAGGCUCGUCGACUGACCGUUGCACAUCAGACGGGUUGCGAGAGGAUUUGCAGCGUGCACUGGAUACACAAUCGUUCGAGCUGGAGGCAGUCACUGAGAAACUGAAAGAAUGUGAGUCAAUGAACAAUGCCCUGAUCUGUGAGUGUGAGUCGCUGAAGCGUCGUCUAGAGAGUUAUAUGACUGUGAUUACUGACUUGGAGAAUGAUGUGACCAAGACGAAAGCACUGUUGGCGUUUGUGGUUGACCAUAUAAGAGGUCUGCGUUCCGACUAUGGAGAUUGGUGCAGAGAGCACGAACAACGAGUGCAGGAGUGUUUAGAUGCCGUCACAACAGGGUUGUCCCAUGGUGUGGUUGAACACGUGGACCGUGAGUGUGAGACAAUGACAUGGCCAGAACACUUGGAGUCUACUGUUAUGCUUGAUAGCUUUGUGCGACUACAAGAGUCUCAUGAAGUGACGUCGAUGCAGAGAGGACAAGAUUGGGAUUCGGUAAGUGAGAUGAGCAGACUGUGCGACCGGAACCGUGAGCUGUCUGAGGAGCUCUGCAAGUGUCGAGACCUGUGUGAUAAGCAGGCAUUUGAGAUGGUGUUGAUGCAAACAGCUCUUCGUCAGGCAGUCGAACAGGCGUCAACUGCCCGAGAGGAACUGGAGGCCUAUAGACAUGAGAAGGUUUGCGCAAUGUCAGAUCUGGAGAGUCAACUGUCUGCUUCUCGUGACGAGUGUUCUGCACUACGGGAUCAAUUGUGUCGGCUUGAGACAUCGAUGGAAGAGCAUUGCAACACAGUGUUGGCGAUAGCCAGUCGAGACUGGGAGUCGCGCGUAAACGAAAUUGUGAGAGAACGCGACACAGCCAUGAAAGAGUUGUUGGAACUGCGUAGUAGGUUGGAUAUGGCAGACGAUGUGGACGCCAGGUUGGCAAAAACAGUGUGCAGAAGUGACAUGGGAACUGACGUGCUAGAUCGUAUGAUUGAACGUGAUAUAGCUUUGUCAUCAGGGUUCACUAGUGAUACGAGAGAGACUGUGAGCGUGGGCGUUGGUAAAGAUGCAGAGGACGACGAGUCGAAUUGCAUGGUUGUUGACGGUUGGAGCGACUACUCCUCAGAAUGCAUACACGACGAGCACAAGCCCAGUGUGUCGGUUGGUUCUCCGACUAGACUUGUGAGUGUGGAGACUCAAGCGACAGACAGCGUGUCUUGGUUGGCAACUGACACAUUGUCAACUUCAGGAUUUACCGAUCAGUCGACCGUAGAUCAGUCGACCAGGAGUCCAGUGGAGAUGACGAGAGAGAAGCUAGUGAGUUCAAGUUUGUGUGAAGAUGAGUCGAAUGUGGUUGGUCAACUGCGCGAAGAGUUGACGUCUUGUUAUGAACAGAUAGUGAAGCUGUCUAGAUCGGUGGAGGAGAGUGAUGCUUCGUUGAUGGAUGUCCGGCGUUUGUUGACUGUGAAGGAGAGUGAAGUGGCGGAUCUGAGAGAGGAGAAGCGUCAUUUACGAGACGAAGUGAAUGAGUUGAGGGAGACUGUAGAGGCAGAACGACGUGAUUUGGACAUAAUGCGUGCAAAUAUGGAUGUGUUGGAGAGCAAGGAAGAGGUGUCGACGAUGUGCGUGGAGUGUCGUGGACCGAACGUUGCUGCUGCUGCUGCUGCUGCUGUGGAGGAGGAGUGUGUGCAGACGGAGAUUGACGACGAAGUUUUUGACCUGGUGUCGACGUUGCAGCUCGAGGUUGCCCAUCUGCGUGAGGAAAAUGCGGCGACGUUGGCGGCUCUGGAGCGUUCACAGCUCGAGUUGAGCAUGAAACAGACCGAAGUGCAGGAACCGGAGUCACGUAUGAUGGUGAACGAGACAACUUGGUGGAUUCCUUGUGAGACUGUGAGAAAGGCGCCCGAUGUGGUUGUCCGUGAGUUGGCAGAGGUUGAUGACACAGACAGAGUGGAGGCAGACGUGUUUGCCGGAGUUCCUGACAUGCAGCUGGUGGAGACUGUUGCAAGCGACUCAGUGUCAGGCAUUGUGCCUGAUCGAAUGGACAGACAAACUACGGACUUGUGUGUUGAGGGCGUUUCGAACGAGGAAGUGGUCUUGCCCAUUCACGCCACUCAGAGUUGGACGAAACCGCCGAGUGAACAAGACAAUGACGAUCCCGAACUUGCCCUGUUAAAUACAGACAGCCUAAGAGCGCGAUUGAAGGAGGCCAUGAGCAGAAUCUGCGAACUUGAGAAUGCCAAGACAGAGUUGAGUGUGCGUCUGCGUGAGCUGGAAGGCGUUAUGAUGUGUGAAGAUAAGCCAAUGGAUGUGAUGCCUCUUAGUUCUCGUGUGCCUGACCGGUCGAUGAAAGUGACGGACGAAGCUGAUGCACUGUCGAAGCACAACAAAGAGCUGAUGACAGAGGUAGACUUGUUACGAAGUAAGAUUUCAGAGCGCGUGACACUGUUGGACGAUGUGUGCAUGGAGAUGGAUGAGGUCAGAGGAUCACUGGGUUUCUUGUUGAAGCAGGUGAGAGAAUUGCGUGCAGCACAUGCUGAGGCGAAUGCUGACCGCGCCGAAAUGGCGAACAGAAUGAGUGAGUACGAACGGGUUUCACAUCGCCUGUGCGAAACAGUUGGUCGAUCCACGUCACCAGUGCAAGACAUCGACUAUGCACACGAAGGCUCGUCGACUGACCGUUGCACAUCAGACGGGUUGCGAGAGGAUUUGCAGCGUGCACUGGAUACACAAUCGUUCGAGCUGGAGGCAGUCACUGAGAAACUGAAAGAAUGUGAGUCAAUGAACAAUGCCCUGAUCUGUGAGUGUGAGUCGCUGAAGCGUCGUCUAGAGAGUUAUAUGACUGUGAUUACUGACUUGGAGAAUGAUGUGACCAAGACGAAAGCACUGUUGGCGUUUGUGGUUGACCAUAUAAGAGGUCUGCGUUCCGACUAUGGAGAUUGGUGCAGAGAGCACGAACAACGAGUGCAGGAGUGUUUAGAUGCCGUCACAACAGGGUUGUCCCAUGGUGUGGUUGAACACGUGGACCGUGAGUGUGAGACAAUGACAUGGCCAGAACACUUGGAGUCUACUGUUAUGCUUGAUAGCUUUGUGCGACUACAAGAGUCUCAUGAAGUGACGUCGAUGCAGAGAGGACAAGAUUGGGAUUCGGUAAGUGAGAUGAGCAGACUGUGCGACCGGAACCGUGAGCUGUCUGAGGAGCUCUGCAAGUGUCGAGACCUGUGUGAUAAGCAGGCAUUUGAGAUGGUGUUGAUGCAAACAGCUCUUCGUCAGGCAGUCGAACAGGCGUCAACUGCCCGAGAGGAACUGGAGGCCUAUAGACAUGAGAAGGUUUGCGCAAUGUCAGAUCUGGAGAGUCAACUGUCUGCUUCUCGUGACGAGUGUUCUGCACUACGGGAUCAAUUGUGUCGGCUUGAGACAUCGAUGGAAGAGCAUUGCAACACAGUGUUGGCGAUAGCCAGUCGAGACUGGGAGUCGCGCGUAAACGAAAUUGUGAGAGAACGCGACACAGCCAUGAAAGAGUUGUUGGAACUGCGUAGUAGGUUGGAUAUGGCAGACGAUGUGGACGCCAGGUUGGCAAAAACAGUGUGCAGAAGUGACAUGGGAACUGACGUGCUAGAUCGUAUGAUUGAACGUGAUAUAGCUUUGUCAUCAGGGUUCACUAGUGAUACGAGAGAGACUGUGAGCGUGGGCGUUGGUAAAGAUGCAGAGGACGACGAGUCGAAUUGCAUGGUUGUUGACGGUUGGAGCGACUACUCCUCAGAAUGCAUACACGACGAGCACAAGCCUAGUGUGUCGGUUGGUUCUCCGACUAGACUUGUGAGUGUGGAGACUCAAGCGACAGACAGCGUGUCUUGGUUGGCUACUGACACAUUGUCAACUUCAGGAUUUACCGAUCAGUCGACCGUAGAUCAGUCGACCAGGAGUCCAGUGGAGAUGACGAGAGAGAAGCUAGUGAGUUCAAGUUUGUGUGAAGAUGAGUCGAAUGUGGUUGGUCAACUGCGCGAAGAGUUGACGUCUUGUUAUGAACAGAUAGUGAAGCUGUCUAGAUCGGUGGAGGAGAGUGAUGCUUCGUUGAUGGAUGUCCGGCGUUUGUUGACUGUGAAGGAGAGUGAAGUGGCGGAUCUGAGAGAGGAGAAGCGUCAUUUACGAGACGAAGUGAAUGAGUUGAGGGAGACUGUAGAGGCAGAACGACGUGAUUUGGACAUAAUGCGUGCAAAUAUGGAUGUGUUGGAGAGGAAGAAAGAGGUGUCUGAUUUACGUUCUCGUCGUGUUAUUUUGUCAGAUUAUCCUGGUUUUUGUGAUAAUUCUGGUGUUGACGGUGUUCAUUGUAUAUUUUUACAUGAUGAGCUUUCUGAUCUUAAGCAGAAAUUUUCAAGAAUUUCAAUGUCUUUAGCAUUUGCUACGGAUUUUGUUAAUUUAUGUAUGAGGUUGCUUUCAGGUUUUGUGAAUUUACUUUUGGAUUUAUCUAGAUUUUCAAAUACCAAUUUUGAUCGUAUAUUGUGUGCUGAUUUUAUAGAUCUUUUGUCAGAUAUUGUUUCUUUUUCAAAAUCUUCUAAUUUUGUUGAUAUUUUUGGUGAUUAUUCUAAUAAUUUGACAUAUUUCAGUAAUCUACAUGAAUUACUGUUAUCCGGUUGUCUAUCUUCCUGUAGUUUAUGUAAAAUCCAAGACGUUUGUCAUCGUUGUUUUAUAUGUAAUUUAUGUGUUCGUUGUAUUUCUUCUAUCCAACAUCCUGAUGUUUACAAUUACAUGUUAAAAGCACAAUAUCCUCACAUUAAUCAAAUGAAUGGUACCGAUGAUAAUGAUCAUGAUCAUGAUGUGAGCGCUUCUGGUGAUUUGUUAUCUGAUCAUCAUUCUGAUAGAAUUUAUCCACAAUUUAUAUCACAACAAUCAAUAUCUAAUAAAACUCAACAAAUUGAUCUUGAACAUCAACUUCUUAUUGCUAAAUCAGAAAUAAAUCGAUUAUCUCAUCUAUUAUAUAAUAUAAGACUAAAUAGACAUCAUGAACAAGAAGAAGUCAAAGAAAAAGAAGAAAAAGAAGAAAAACAAAUACAAAAGAAAUUCAAUAAUGAUACACAAUUAGAAAUUGAAAAACUUUAUUUUGAAAAUUUAUAUUUAACUAAACAAAAUAAUCAAUUAAUAAUAAUCAAUAAUCAAUUAUAUCGUAAAAUAUUGAAUGAAAUUACAAAAGAAUUAAACAUAUUCCAAUCAUUAAUCAAUAAUAAUAAUAAAUCAAUAUCCAAUGAAGAAUCAAUUGAAUGUAAUCAAUACUUCAAAUUUAUUGAUUAUUUAUUAAAUAAUAGAAAAGAAUUAAUCAAAGAAAUUAUUGAUUAUAAAAAUAAUUAUAAUAUCAUUUAUCAAUUAUUAAUUGAAGGUUUAUACUUAAAUAAAAUAAAUCAAUUAAAACAAACUACAAAUCAAUAUUGUUAUUGGAAGAAAGUAGAAAAUAUUAUUCAUUCUAAUAAUGAUUUAAUAUCAAGAUCUAGUUCUAUAGAAAAUGAAUCCAAUGUACUUGUUCCACCACCACCAUCAUCAUCAUCACCACCUCCACCACCACCACAACAACAACAACAAGAAAAACAACUAUACGAAUUCAAUAAUUCUCUAUUACAAACUGGUCAUUGUUUACUGAAUAAAAUGAAUAAAAUCAUAACAAAAAUUGAAAAGAUUGAAAUGGAUCUAAAUAAUUCAAAAUAUAUUCAACAACAAUUGAUUGAUUUGAAAAAAAUCAAUAAUCAAUGGAAAAUCAAUAUGAAUAUAAUCUUGAAUGAUUUAUUGAUUUUACGAAAUAAAAUCAAUAAUGAUCAUGAUAUAGCAACCAUAACUACAACAACAGCACCAAGAGAUAUCCUUUCAAUGACUUGUAAUCAUUUGAAUGAUGAAUUAAAUCAUCAUGAUAAUUAUUCUAUAAAUAUAUUAAAUCCAAAUGAAAUUAUGCCAAUAUUUAAUAUAUUGAUUAAAGAUUUCCAAACUUAUAUCAAUAGAAUAAGUAUUAUAGAAAAUCAAUAUAAUUUAUUGAAUGAUAAAUUAAAUCAAUUAACUAAUGAAUGUAAUAAACUUCAUAUUGAAAUGAUUCAAUUACAAUCAUUAUUUAAUAAUCAAACAAUUAUCAUAGAUAACAUAGUAACUAAUAAUUUAGUUACCAUGUCAACUGAAUCAAUCAACGUAAGUAAUGAUAAUGAUAUAGAGAAUCUUUCUAUCAAUAUAGAUAUUGAAAAUAUCAUGGAAAAAAUUAAACUAUAUACAAAUCAAUUAAAUUCUAUUAGAAAACAGAUGAUACAACAAAUAGAACAAAAGAAUAUUGAACAAAUCAAAACAUUAGAUGAUGAUGAUGAAGAUAAUACUAAUGUAGAAAAUAAAGUAAAAGAAGAUAUUUACGUAUCACAUCAAUAUAUACUUGAUAAAGAAAUAUUUUUGAACGAGAAAAGUAAAACUAUUGAAUGUAUUGAUAAUAAACAUCAGAAAGAUACUCCUAUUAUUGAUUCUACAGAUGAAGUGGUAUCACUUUUAACUGAAGUACCUAUUCCACCUGAUGUACAUUUGAUAAGUGACGAGAAACAAUCACCUAGUUCUUUUGAUGUGAGUAGAAUAGUUGACGAAAAUGUCAAUAUCAAUGUGACAGAAACAAGUGUACUGGAUAUAAGAAGAGAUUAUUCUACUAAUGAAUCGAAAGAUUCUCCUGUUAUUGAUUCUACAGAUGAAGUGAUGUCACUUUUAAUUAAAGUACCGAUUAAAAUUGAUCAGAAACAAUCACAUGGUUCUUCUGAUGUUAGUAGAAUAUUUGAAGAACAAACUUUACUGGAUGUAAGAAAAGAUUAUUCUAAUGAAUUGAAAGAUUCUCCUGUUAUUGAUUCUACAGAUGAAGUGAUAUCACUGUUAAACAAAGUACCUAAUCCACCUUAUGUACAUUUGUUAAGUGAUGAGAAACAAUCACAUAGUUCUUUUGAUAUGAGUGGAAUAGUUGAAGAAGGUUUCAAUGUCAAUGUGACAGAAACAAGUGCACUGGAUUUAAGAAGAGAUUAUUCUACUAAUGAAUUGAAAGAUACUUCUGUUAUUGAUUCUACAGAUGAAGUGAUGUCACUUUUAACUAGAGUGCCUAUUACAAAUGAUGUACGUUUUAUGAUUGACGAGAAACAAUUACACGGUUCUUCUGAUGUCCGUAGAAUAGUUGAAGAAGAUUUCAAUGUCAAUGUCACAGAACAAAGUUUAUUGGAUAUAAGAACAGAUUAUUGUAAUGAAUUCAAAGAUAUUCCUGUUAUCGAUUCUACAGAUGAAGUGAUAUCACUAUUAAAUAAAGUAUCUAUUCCACCUGAUGUACAUUUGAUAAGUGAUGAGAAACAAUCACAUAGUUCUUUUGAUGUUAGUAGAAUAGUUGAAGAAGAUUUCAAUGUGAAUGACACAGAACAAAGCUUACUGGAUAUAAGAAGAGAUUAUUCUACUAAUGAAUUGAAAGAUACUUCUGUUAUUGGUUCUACAGAUGAAGUGAUAUCAUUUUCAACUAAAGUACCUAUUUUACCUGAUGUAGAUUUUAUAAGUGACGAGAAACAAUCACAUGAUUCUUCUAAUGUUAAUAGAAUUCAUGAUAAAGAACAAUCUCAGACUAUUAUUUCAAACAAUUAUAAAACUUCUACUAACAAUACUGACCAAUAUUCACUAGAAUUUGUUCUGCGUUUAUUACAUUUACGUGAUACGGAACUAUUAUACAUCAUCUCAACAAAUAAUAAAUCUGACGAAGAAUCAAUAAAUCAUAAUAAAUAUAAUCUAUCUUCAUCUAUAUUAAACAAUCAAGUUCUCAUAAAGAAACUUAAUAAAUUUUUAUAUUGGGAAAAUAUAGAUCCAAUCGAUAUAAAUAGUAUACCAAUUCAUCGUAUUAAUAUCAAUAUGUUCAAAUCAAAAGAAUCCAUUGAACAACAAAUCGAUACAAUAUCAUCCACUUCUAAGAAUCAAUUAUUUAUAAAUGUUGAAACAAUAGAAAUGACAGAUCAAUCUACUGAUCAAAUAUCUUAUCAUGAAGAUAUGGAUUGGUAUGAACAACAUUUGUAUACGUUAGUUCAAAAUGCAUUGAAUGCAUUAAAUCAAAUGAAUCAACAUUUUCUUGAAUCAAAAAAACCACUAUUAUCUGAACGCAGACAAGAAGAGUUAAUCAAUAUCUUGACGGAACUAUUAACAACUAUCCCAAUAAACAAUAGUAUACAACAACAAACUCAGGAAAAAAGUGUUCAAAAAAGCCUUCAAUCAUCUCUUUCAUUUUCUCCAUGUUUAACAUCAUCAUUAUUAGAAGAACAUCCAGUAUGUAGUACAACUGUUACAAGUAUCACUACAACGACAACUUCAGGAGUUAAUUGUUUUAUUCAAACUCUUUCAUCUAUUACACCUACUAAUACCACUACAACUACUACAUCGUUUUCACAAUCUAAACGGAUCUCUGAAAUAUCUGAUUCAUCUAAUUUAAGUUUUACAGGAAAUUUAACUUAUCCAAGACGUUCAGAAAAAACAUCAAUAAAUGAAUUAAUUAGUUCUGUGGAUCAUUUGAGAAAUUUGCAUGAAUUACGCAGUUUAGCCAAAUAUCUUUUAGAUCAAUAUCAUAUUGUUACAUCUGAACUAGACCUUCAGUCUGAUACUAAUUGGUGUUUAAGACAGAGAUUGACAAAUGCAAACAGUCAAUUAAAUCGGUUAACAGGCUUGUUAAAUAAAAGCAGUCAAGGAUUGUCAUCAAUUGAAGAAGAUUUAAGCUUAGGAACGGACAAAACUUCAUUACGUUCAGAACAUUAUGAUGGAAUACGUCAUAAAUCACUUCAACCAACUUUAAAUAAUUUACAAGAAAAGAAUACUAGUGGUCGACGUUUAAAUUUCAUUCCUUCUUCUGAUGAACAAUUGAUUAGAUCUAGUUAUUCAUCAUCUAUUCAAACAAUAGGAAAUAAAUCAAUAUUAAAAUCUAAAUCUAAAUCCAAAUCUGAAAUAUCAUCAAUGACAUCAAGAAUUAGUGAUCCUGAUUAUUUUAUAACGCAUGGAAUGUUUAUUCCAAUGAGAAUAAUGCAAUCUAUUUCAUCACAAACGGUAAAACACAAAAAAGUAUCUUGUCUUCCACGGAACACUUUUAGUUGUGGUCCAAUUUUAAAACGUUCCCAUAAACAUCAUCAUACUUCAUCUAUUGAUGAUACAUAUCAAUCAUUAUCUAAACCAUGCAGUCAUGAUAUUAAUGAUAAAUCCAUUGAAAUUAUUGGUAGAACAAUAACAUCAACACCAUUAUUAACAACAACAUUAACAAAUUCAUCUAAACCAUUAGAUAUUAAGAAUAAUCCAAAUAUACUGAUAUCAAAUUGGAAUGAAUUAGAGACAAGUCAACAUAAAUUACAUAAUAUAUCAAUGUCUAUGAUAAAAGAUUAUGAACAUUAUCCAAAUAAAUCUUCAUCUCUAUCAGUUUCUUCAACAAUGAAUAAUGAAAAUGAUAUAAUAUGUAAUGAAAAACAAUCAUUAUUACAUGAAUAUAAUAAUAAUAAUAAUAAUAAUAAUAAUAAUAAUAUUCAUCAAUUACCACAGAGUUCCACAACAACAAGAACCACUACCCCCGCCGCCGCCGUCACCACCACCAUAACAACAACAAGAAGUCGUUCAUCAUCCUCAACAUCAUCAUCUUUUUCAUUUACAAGUUUUCAUUCACAUCCUUAUUCUAAUGAAAGAAUUCCUAUAAAAUCAAGAAAAAUGAAAUUUCAUUCACGUUUUCUUAAUUUAUUUAAAUCUAAUUUUAAAAAAUGAUCGAUUUUUUAAUUGUUUAGUCUUAUUAUUUUGUUGCGAUUAUCAUCGUUGUCGUCGUCGUCGUCGUUACCAUUAUUGUUGCCAUGACUCAACUAAGAGAGAAAAAAAGCAAAAGAAGCAUAGUAUAAACAACUAGUUUCAUUGUGUUUAAUUCAUGAUAAACUAUGUGUGUGUGUGUGUAUGUGUGUCAUUUUUUCUUUUCUUUUCUUUUCUUUUUUUUUAAUUGCCAUACAAGUACCUGUGAUGUUCCUUGAUUGAAUUGAUUUUUUUUGUAAUGUGUGCUAGUUUAAUACUUAAUUAUUCAACCAUUCAUUUACUCAGUUGAUGUCAUACUGUUUUACACAUAGUUUAUUACAUUAUUGAUUUACUCUUAUUAUGAUUAUUAUUAUCUUAUUUUUCUGCUAUAAUAUAUACAUUGAUCCAUCGGAAGAGGGGGUGGUUUGCUUAGAUGUGUACAGUUUUCUUCUUUGUUUCUCAUAUGAAACUGGAUUUAUCGAUUAUCAUUAUCGUUUGUUGUUGUUGCUAUGACUUAUUGUGUACUUGAUCUGAUACAAUUUCGAUCUGCUUAUCAUCAUUUUUGAAAACUGUAAACAUUGUAUUAUGUAAUAGAUUACAGAUAUAUGAUAAAAAAAAAUACAAAUUCAAUGAUUUCAUUAUUAAUUAGAUGGUUCUAUUUUUUUGCUUUUAUUUUUUGUUGCUGUUGUUGUUGCUGGGGUAUAUGAACAGUUAUUUAUUUUAAAUGCUUCUAUAUAGAUGAGUAUCAUGUGAAUUCAUGCAUUUUUGAGUUUUUUUUUCUUUUCUAUCCAACUCAAUCGUCAUGGUUACUAUGAGAUAUAGUUAUUACAUAGUUACUGUGACAAUCUCAUUUUGUUCAGUUUAUUGUGUGUGUGUGUGUAUAACUAAAUUGCCAAAACUCUUGAUAGCGCCAUUUCUAUCAUUUCAUAAUUGAUUGAUUGAUUGUAUGAAGAAGGGGGGUGUGUGUGCUAGGGAAGUGUUCUAUAUUUCACAGCUUUUGCUUUCAAUUAUAUAUCUAUAUUACUUUAAUCUUCUUUCUUUUUUCUUCAUUUAUUCAUCCAUUUUCAUAAUAUUUCACGAAUAUAUAUUUUAUUUUAUUGUUUAAAUAAUGUUCAUAGGCAUAACGAUUAGAAAUUACAUUGUUUCUUCUUUAUACUUAUGAUCAAUGUUACUUUCAAUGUUUUACGGUGUUAAAGCGUGUAGCUAUGUCGUUUUUUUGGUUUAAUGCUUAGAUCAAUAUUGUGUAUCUGUGUGUGUGUAUCCGUGUGUGUGUGAGAGAGAGAUCUUGAUCUGUUUUUGUUUUCUCAUUAGUUAAACAUUGACAUCAGAUCAUUGUUAUGUAACAGUUUUAGGCUGUGAAUAUAAACAUUUGUCAUCAUUAUUAUUGUUGUUACUUAUUCUUGUCACCAUCAUCAUCAUCAUUUCAUUUUCAUUAUUCAUUUCAUUCGUUCAGAUUCAGUAAAUAAAUAAAUAAAUAUCU